GGGUGUAGCUGAAACUCACUGUAUAUAAGACACAGACCACCUCCGAAACUUUUUUGGCUAUUUAGCUGCAACACCACAAACGACUCAUUUUGACAGUGUGCAGACAGAACUGAACGAGAUGGAUCAGGAAAAGCAACCAAUGACCAGAAAAACAACAACAGCUAAUGAAAAGAAUGGUUGUGUUAAGGUAACAAUCCCAGAAGACACUGGAGUGAAAUUUACAGGCCUUUCCAAAGAUGAGCUAAUGAAAAUUGCCGGUACUGCUGGAUGGAUUCUGACUCGUCGGGCCUUGCUGGUUCUGUUCUGGCUUGGCUGGGUUGGCAUCUUAGCAGGCGCAGUGGUAAUCAUAGAACAGGCUCCACGGUGUAAACCCAUUCCUGAGAUGAACUGGUGGAAUGAAGGUCCUCUCUACCAGAUAUCCAAUGUGAAGGACUUCUCUGACCGUGGAUUGAAAGGAGUUGAAGAGAAACUAGACUAUUUGAACCAGUUAAAGGUGAAGGGUCUUGUUUUGGGACCCAUACACACAGUGCAAGCAGACCAGCUGAGCUCUCUAAAUCUAACUUCUAUUAAAUCUGAAGUAGGCACUGAAAAUGAACUGAGAAGCCUGCUGGACCAAGCACAUAAAAAAGGUAUUUCCAUAGUGUUGAAUUUAACACCCAACUAUGAACAACCUUCUGCCUGGUUCAGCAAUGCUACCACUGUUGCUGAGAAACUUAGAGAAGCAUGCAAGUACUGGAUAGAUAAAGGAUUUGACGGUAUUUUCAUGUCUGCUCUGGGAGAUAUCGUCGAAACUGAAACCUGGCCAUCUAUACAAGCUAUAUUUAACAAAACUGACGGGAACACAAAAAGAGUUCUAAUGGGCUCAGUCAAUGGUCUCUCCAUGAAUGUGGAUAAUGUCUCUUGCUUGCUGAACCGUUCUGGUGCUGACCUUCUUACAAUUGAACUGUCUGAUCCACGCAAGACUCAGGAAGUGCAGAAUCUCUACUCUAAUCACUUACAGACCAGCAUGGGCUGGAGCCUAAGUAGAGGGACCCUGGGAACACCAGAAUCUAUAAGGCUUUUUCAUGCCCUGCUGUUCACCCUGCCGGGCACACCUGUGUUUAACGCUGGAGAUGAGAUGGCAUUAAAGGCCGGGGAAAAGCCUAAAAAAAUGUGGGACUUAGAAAGCCCAGCAGAAAAGGCCAGUGCAACAACAAAGGCUGUGCAGAAGGAUCGUAUAACAGCACGUGAUUUCUUCAAAGCAUUCAGUGAUCUCAGAAGGAGAGAGAGAGCUCUUCUACAUGGAGAAUUUAUAAACCUUAACAGCAGUGCCUCUUCAUUAGCAUUUCUCCGCCUGUGGGACCAGAGUGAACGCUUCAUUACUGCCAUAAAUUGGGGAAAUGACACUGUUCCCUUGACGCUCACUAACAGCAACUUACCAGCUCAAGCUCAAGUUCGCAUUUGCAUAGACACAACAAAUCUAGCCGUGGACAGCAUGGUGUCAUUAAAGACGUUUCAACUUGGGCCCCUACAGGCUGUUCUGCUGUCUUUUCCUUAUGCUGGUUAGACACAGAGUUCACUUAUAACUGUCCUAUAACUGCUUGGUUUUAUCUAAAGUCUCAACAAAUAAAAAUGGUUUGAGAGUCUUUCACAAGUUUUAAGAAAUUGUAGAAGUCAAAAUUUAAAUCUUUGCUAUUUAAAAUGGACAUGGUUUGUUUGGGAUUUUGUCUGUGUUUAUUAAAUUCAAUCUGUUUUGUAAAAGUAACAUUACAAACACAAAUGUGAAUAGUUUAGAAUAUUCCAUUUAAAAAACCCAUAUUCAAAUAAAUCAUCAAAUAAAAUCAAUU